AUGUCGAAGCUUCUGCUCUUUUCCGAAACCUCGAAAAAUCCGGCUCUGAUAAUCCCUGCUACCAACACGCAGAAGACCAUUCACCUUUCCUAUCAUGCUCUUCAUAAUGUCGUAGUUAAAGCACAAAUCCGCCUGGCGGAGCUAGGCAUCGGACCCGGUAGCAAAGUUGCAUUAGCCAUUCGAAAUCGCAUCGAGUUCGUCAUCACUUUCCUCGCUCUCAUUCGACAGGGUGCGACUACAUCCCCUCUGAACCCGGACUUUGCGGUGCGGGAGAGCUCUGAAAUCCUGGGAUACAUGAAGCCGAUGUAUACGAUCGUGGCGGCAAACCACCGGAGCGUAACAUCCGACCAGAAUGUCAUCGAGGGCUCCAAGCUGCAGGGUGUGCCUGUCGCUGAAGUGGUGUGGGACAGCGAAACCGGCAGCAUCAACAUCACCACCACGAACCAGAGGGGGGAGGAAGCGGCAGCGGUAAUCGCUGCAAAGGAUAUUCAACCAACUGAUCCUGUUCUUCUACACUAUACAAGUGGGACAACGGGGAGACCCAAGGCCGUGGAGCUGACGCACCAGAUUAUCACUGCGUCCUGCGACAUUAUUAUCGCCGCUCAUGAGCUCACAGCUCGGGAUCGCACGAUGCUAGUGGCACCGAUGUUCCAUGUAGGUGGAACAUGUUCCUCUCUCUUUUCAACCCUCUGUUCUGGAGGCUGUGUGAUCAUGCCUCCCUCCCUCUCGAGUACGUUCUGGCAUCAGUUUCAAGAGCAUGGGGCCACCUGGUAUCAUGCCGUCCCGACCCUCCAUCGUCUGCUUCUCUCCUUCCCGCGGCCGAAGCAGCUAACCGACCUCCGGUUCGUCCGGUCUGGUGGAACCGGCAUCUCCGCCGAUUUGAUUCAAUUGCUUGAGAAAGAGCUGGGGUGUCCGCUCUUGGAAGGGUAUGGGAUGACGGAAACUGCGCAGGCGGUAUUUACCAACCACGAUCUCGACGUCAAGUUUCUCGUCGAUGGGGAAGAUCAAACCCCACGCCUCGUUUUCCAUCCUAGCGCGAGCGGUGAGAUCUGUGUGCGCGGUGGCUGUGUCAUUGCUGGCUAUGCUGAGGGCCCUGAAGUGAACGAGGCCGCAUUCUUUGACGGAUACUUCCGGACAGGGGAUUUAGGGAUGCUUUGUGAUGAUGGAUAUAUCCAGGUCACCGGACGGAUCAAGGAGAUGAUAAACAAGGGCGGAGAGAAAAUCAGCCCGUAUGAGAUUGAGGAGUUGUUGAUGACCCAUCCGGCUGUCAAACACGUUGCUUGUUUCCGAGUACAUGAUGACGCCUACGGAGAGGAAAUCGGCGUUGCCAUUGUUGUUCGUGAAGGCCACAAUCCAACAGCGUUGGAGAUUAAGAGAUUUGUUCGACUGAAUGCGAGUCUAUUCAAGGUCCCUAAGAAGGUGAUUUUUGUGUCAGCACUUCCAGUCAAUCGCACAGGGAAAUACCAACGAGCAAAGCUGGCUGAGGAAUACGGUAGUUGA